AUGGCCGCGCGCAGCGAGGCCCGCGCCGCGCGGCUGCUCUCGGCCUCGGGGCGCGCGACAAGCGCCCGCGUAGACCCGGGACCUUACACCAACGGCGUCCCCGACACGGAGUACCUGGUGCACCUUGCCAUCGGCACGCCGCCGCAGCCCGUGCAGCUCAUCCUCGACACCGGGAGCGACCUCGUCUGGACGCAGUGCCGACCGUGCCCCGUCUGCUUCAGCCGGGCGCUCGGACCGUUGGACCCGUCCAACUCCUCCACGUUCCACGUGCUCCCCUGCAGUUCGCCAAUGUGCGACAACCUCACCUGGUCGUCUUGCGGCAAGCAGAACUGGGGAAACCAAACCUGUGUCUACGUCUACGCAUACGCCGACGGCUCCAUAACCACCGGCCACCUCGACGCCGACACCUUCACGUUCGCGGCCGCCGAUGGCACCGGGCAGGCCACCGUUCCGGACCUGGCCUUCGGCUGCGGUCUCUUCAACAACGGGAUUUUCACGUCCAACGAGACCGGCAUCGCCGGCUUUGGGCGCGGCGUGUUGUCCCUGCCGUCGCAGCUCAAAGUGGACAACUUCUCCCACUGUUUCACCGCCAUAACGGGGUCGGAGCCCAGCUCUGUCCUGCUCGGCCUUCCGGCCAACCUUUACAGCGACGCCAGUGGCGAAGUCCAGUCCACUCCUCUGGUCCAGAACUUCUCGUCUCUGAAAGCAUACUACCUGUCACUAAAGGGCAUAACCGUCGGCUCGACGAGGCUGCCGAUUCCUGAGUCGACGUUCGCGUUGAAGCAGGACGGGACGGGCGGCACGAUCAUCGACUCUGGCACCGGCAUGACAACGCUGCCCCAGGACGCGUACAAGCUCGUGCACGACGCGUUCACGGCUCAGGUGAGGUUGCCCGUGGACAACGCGACGUCGUCGUCGCUCUCGCAGCUCUGCUUCUCGGUGCCGCGGCGAGCUAAACCCGACGUGCCAAAGCUGGUGUUGCACUUUGAGGGCGCAACGCUGGACCUGCCGAGGGAGAACUACAUGUUUGAAUUCGAGGACGCAGGCGGCAGCGUCACCUGCCUUGCUAUCAACGCCGGCGAUGACCUGACCAUCAUCGGCAAUUACCAGCAACAGAAUCUCCACGUCCUCUACGACCUGGUGGGCAACAUGUUAUCUUUUGUUCCUGCUCAGUGCAACAGGCUUUAG